AUGUACCUUGCUCAAAGGAUUGUCCCACGAUAUGAAGCAUUGUCUCAAGCCGGGCGCAAUGUCGUUUCUGAAGUCAUACGCGUUGACCAGGCGGGAGAGGUUGCCGCAAACUGGAUAUAUCGUGGCCAGAUGGCUGUUCUUGGCAAGGAUCAGGUUUUGGGACCAAUAAUACAAGAAAUGUGGGAUCAGGAAAAGAAACACCUACGGGUUAUGGACAAACUUCAGAUCGAGUAUCAAGCCCGGCCAACAUUGCUCAUGGAAGUGGCGAAAAUAACGGGUUUCGGACUUGGUGCCGUUACAGCGCUCAUGGGAAAAGAAGCAGCCAUGGCAUGCACGGAAGCCGUUGAGACUGCCAUUGGCGAGCACUACGAACACCAGCUCCAGCAGCUUGAAACCAUUUCGCCAAACAAUGAGGGAAUCAGCCAGCUGAAAGAUCUCAUAAAGGAGCUAAGGGAUGAUGAAUUGGAGCAUUUGGGUACGGCGGUGGCAGAAAAUUCUCAACGAGCACCUGCACACGCAUUGAUGUCAGCGGUUAUCGAGCUUGGGUGCAACGUUGCCAUCCAACUCUGCAAACGAAUAUAG